AUGUAUGGCGGUAAAUAAGCAAUGAUGAAGUAGCUAGAAUAGCAAUAAGCUAGAUAGCAGAUGGGAUAGUAGUUAAUGCAGCAGAAAAUUACAAGAAUGAAGGACAUUUAUAAUGUUUUUUAAGAAAAUAUGCAAAAAUACGCUGCAUAAUAUGCUAAUGAAAUCAAUAAAGAUCCAAACUUUAGAGACAACUUUAAUUAGCUCUGCUAAAAUUUAGGCAUAGAUCCUAUGAUAUCAUAAAAAACCUUAUUUUCAAACCUUGGAUUUGGAGAUUUCUACAACGAAUUAGCAAUGAAGAUUUUGGAUAUUACAGCCCGUAAAAGAAAUGAGAAUGGUGGAAUGAUGAAAUUGAUUGACAUCAUUAAUGAAUUCGAAAAAAGAUAUAAAACAAAGAUAUCCAAGAAAGACAUUUAAGAAGCCUUAAAAACAAUAACUUGUCUUGGUGGUUGUCAGUUAGUUAACAAUGAGUAUGUAAGCACUUCUAACUUAUCUAUGUCAGGGGACUUUAAUAGUGUAAUUGAAAUUGCUGAAAAGUAUGGUCAUGUCAGUGAGUAGCUUAUGAAAGAAUAAAAAGGAUGGAAUAAAGACAAAUUUAAAUUAGUAAUAGAUUAGCUGAGAGGAGAAGGCAUGGUUUGGGUAGAUAAAAAAACUCAGUCUGGUCUACCUAAUUAUUAUUUCCCCUCCAUGCUUAAUAGCUUUGUUGAUAAUUUAUAAGAAUUCAGUAAAUAUAUUAAAUGA